AUGGCCGUUAUAUCUACCCCAAAGUUGCCCGGCCAAGGGCUCGGUGACCCAGUGCUUCUAGACAAGAUUGACCGGCUUCUAGCUUGCAACCUCGGUGAAUAUGUCAGCUUACUCCAGCUUGUUGUUGUGGGAGACCAGUCUAGUGGGAAAAGUUCUGUUCUUGAGGGUCUCACAAAGCUGCCGUUCCCCAGGGAUAGUGGGCUGUGCACUCGGUUUGCUACUCAAAUCAUCUUCCGGCGGAUUAGAGCGGACACAAAGAGGACUAUCAGUGCCUCUAUCGUUCCAGCACACGGUCAAGACCAGGAGCAUACUUCUCGUUUGGCAGCAUGGAGAGGAGUCAACAUGGAAUCAGAGUCGCUCGAUUCCGAGUCCUUCGCUCAAAUGAUGUUCACCAGACUAUGGGCUUAUCGUGGCUCCGAAAAUGACACUUCUAAGCCCACCUUCACCCGUGACGUCUUUCGGUUGGAGAUUUGUGGACCCGAAGAAGAUAAUUUGAGUAUCAUUGAUGUCCCGGGUAUCUUCAAGAACACUACAGCUGGUCUCACUACUAGGCAGGAUAUGGAUAUGGUGAACGAUAUGGUUCUGGGCUACAUGCGCAACCCUCGCUCCAUUAUGCUGACCGUGGUCCCCGCAAAUGUGGACAUAGCUACUCAAGAGAUUCUGGAGAUGGCGCGAGAGUGCGAUCCUCAGGGAAUUCGCACACUGGGAGUGUUUACCAAACCAGAUCUAGUGGACAAGGGUGCCGAAGACAAGAUCAUCGACUUAGUUGAGGGCAAAGCCCAUUGCUUGGCGCUUGGCUGGAUCGUUGUGCGCAAUGCCGGUCAGCAGCAGAUACUUGACCAGAGUUCGGACCGAGAUGUCAUUGAGGCCCAGUUCUUUCGCGAAAAUCACCCAUGGAACAACCUUGCGGCAGAAAAAUCUGGCAUUAUUGCCUUAAAGAUUCGCUUGCAAGAUGUUCAAACGACUCAAAUUCGUCGAGUUUCCCAAGGCACGUCUCGUCAUCUCGCUUUUAGUUUGCAGAUGCGCACUGAUGUUAGUCGAAAACUGAAGGCCAUGAGGCACGAUUUGUCUGCUCUUGGAAAUGAGCGAAGUACUCCAGAGCAGCAGAGAAGCUUUUUGCUCGAUAUCAUAACGAGGUUUCAAGAUAUUGUUUCGCAAGCCAUGGCAACCUCAUAUGGCACACACGAGUUAUUUGACAAAGAAAAACAUUCCCGACUGGCAACAAUAGUCAGAAACCGCAUGGAUGUUUUCAAGUCCGACAUGGAAGACUAUGGGUUUGAAUACCAGUUUAUCAGUGAAAUUUCCAAUAAAUUACCUACCCCGAUGGAACGGAUGGAAGACCAUGAAGACCAGGAAGAUAGUGGAAUCCCUGUUCGCAAGCAUAUGAAUGUGUCAGAGCAUAGUGGCGUUACUGAUAUCCUUCACGAACAAGAGAUUUUGAAAAAGCCACCAAAUGAAAGCAUCCUCGUAUGGAUCGGGGACCAGUACCGUGCCUCCCGCGGAUUCGAGGUAGGGACGUUUCAGACCUCUCUAUUGUGCACUAUCAUAAACAGGCAAUCUGGCAAAUGGACCGACUUCGCACUCGGAUAUGUCAGCGAUGUGAUUGAUGUCAUGCAUACGUUUACGCUCAAAGUUCUCCAAGCCAUCUGCCCGGAUGAACAAAUUCGCGACAAGUUGGUGAGUAUCCUCGCCGAUAAGCUGUCCAAGAGAUACAGAGAAGCAAUAGAACAGGCCCAGCUGGUUCUGGAUGUCGAACGCAUGAACGUAAUGACUUUGAACGACAAAUUUCACGAGAAGCUCGAGGAAACUCAAAAGAGAAGCCACCGUGAGAAGUAUGAGCCCACGGAAGACGAGACCAGAGCUCCAAUGAGUAACACCGAACAGACCGCUCGCUAUAUUCAUGACAUUCUGGCAGCUUACUACGAGGUGGCAUCCAAGCGCUUCGUCGACAACGUCUGCAUGCAAGCCACCGGCUACUGUCUGCUCACAGGACCACGCAAGCCGCUCGGACUUUUCUCACCCCAAUUCGUUGCCAACCUGACAGAAGAUCAGUUGACAGAGAUUGCGGGGGAGAACGCGGUGCUGAGCCGGCGACGAACACAGCUGAAGAAGGGGAUUCAGGACCUGGAAAAUGGUCGAAAGAUUAUGAUGUAG